UUCAAAUCAGGUUACCAACCCAUCAUGAACGGCUACCUACUGGACAACUGCCUAGUCGAUAUCCGCGAGAACGCCUAUGGCUUGCUCUGAAUUUCCCCGAAUCACUUUCCGUUGUUCGAAUGGCGAUGAGGCAAGGAGAUAGAUUCAGAACAAACGGCACGAACGACAACCAUCAUCAUGAUCGGGCUCGCACCCCCGAUAGCACGUCAUCCAGUAGGUUGAAACGAACACCUGCAAGUCUGAAUUUAGCAGGAGGCUCUGCUUCCUUCACAUCUACAUCAAGGUCCUGGGGGAACUCUUCCACGCGAAAAGCGCCUGAUCAGCCCACCCUCACGCAAAUCGAUUUCGUGACUGUGUCCCAGAAUGUGGGCCUCGAUGACGAACUUGAUUAUAUUGGAGCCCCUUGUAACCCUCCCGAGGUGAUUGAGGUUAAUGAUGAUGAUGAUGAUGCGGAUUAUUUACCAACGCGUCCUUCACGAACGAGUCGUGUUCGUGGCGUGAGAUUUGGCCCAACUCCGACUGCCGAUACCCUUUCGAAACCCAGAAGACCCGAUGGGGAAGUGAAGAGGGGGCGUAGGAAGAGCAGUGAUAGGGUGAAAAGCCACGGGAAGGAUAAAGGGAUACAAAAGAAGGAUAAAACCCUAACCCAGAUGGACUAUGUUAGGCGGUAUUUGCCUCUUGAGUCUGACGACGAUGUGAAGCUAGAAUACACGUAUGUUACUUCAAAAAAGAAGGAACCCUUGCCGCAACCGGACACAAUACUCAAACAUGAAGAUAUGGAAAUGAAUCAGACUCUCAAGUCUGAGGUGCCUAGCCAACGCAAGAGAAGGAAGCUGACCCCUACUUUGGAUUCGAAUGAUAUGGAUCGGGAUGGUGAGGAACAGGGGAUUUCACCACCACCGCCACCACCACCUGUCACGCCGAGGAAGACCGCUAGACCUGAGAUACCUUCAUCACAAUCACCGGAGAGUCCCGGGAUUGCUUUUAUCUCGUCUUCUCAAUUCAGGGGCGCCACCCAAUCACCAGGAGUUCGGGCUUCCAAGGCCCUAUCUGAGCUCUAUGUUAAAGAGGAGUCACUUGAAUUGGGCGACUCAGAUGGUGCCCAUGAAACCUCACGGCGAACGGUGCUGUUUCGAAGCUCUGCAUCGUCGCCUCAUGAUAUUUCCGAUUGUCCAGCACCAGUGCCGCAGGUGUUGAAUAGACCCUCAUCGCCAGGACUGUCGGGCUCUCUAACUACACGCGCUGAUGGAAGCCACGAUAGUCAUUCAGAGCACCCUGCUACAACGCAACGAACCGUAAUAUACGAGACUGACGCCGAUACGGAUUACGAUGAAUUUCAGGACGAUUUACCAGAUACUCUAAGUUCACGCGAAGAGCAUGAGAAUCUUAAGCAUAAUAACCAGCCUGCCGAUGGUGAGGAUAAUUCUUCCUCCUCGAUCCUUGAUUCGCAAGAACUUCCUCCUCUUCCUUUGUCUGAGCCGGAUGCUGGAUCUGGUCCUCUGCCUUCCGAGAAUCACCUCGAGUCAGACAUAUCUAUAUGCUACCAGAGGCUCCAGCCAGCUACUCAAUUUCCACUUGAACCGAUACCUACCAUCAAUACCCAGAAGAUGGCCGAGCUCUUCCCGGAGUCGUCUACCACCAUGCAACCCAUGGCCAGCCCUCGUCAGGUGUCAUCUAUGAACGGCCACCACCCAAGCCACGACGAACGUGGACUGCAGACCCAGAACCAGACCCAAUCUCAAUCUCGAUCUCAAUCUAUAUCCGAAUAUCAGGCCGAGAAAACACCAGAUGUCGUCCUUGAAUCCUCUCCCAUUACAAGGCACGCAGAUAGUGGCCCUCAUGGGCGAGUUGCGGUCGUGCAAGUUGAGUCAUCACAGCCAGUAGACAAACUCCCCUUACCUGGAAUCGCAGGACCAGAUUCCGGUCCCAGGGGCAUUUUGUCUAGAAGUCAAAUCCUAACCUCGAGCGUUAUGGAGAGUAUCCCUAUCCCGGCAUUCUGGAUGAGUAGCCAGGAUAGUGUUGGAGAGCCUUUUACCUUGCCGGAUUCAUGAUAUAAGCAUAUAUAUAUAUAUAUAUAUAUAUAUAUAUACUACACUACAGUUAGACACAAUAAGACAUUAUGAAACAAGUACAAUACUUUUUUUUUACCCAAAAA